AUGCGGCCGAAUAAAGGCAAAGGAGGAAAGAAUCGUCGUCAACGCAAGGCGGUCCGCACCGAAAGCAAUCGAGAGUUAGUAUUCAGAAAUGAUGGCACCGAAUACGCACAAGUUACCAAGCUGUUUGGCUGUUGUCGCCUGGAGGCUUGGUGUUAUGAUGCUAGAAGCCGGAUUUGCCAAAUUCGAGGAACGUUAAGGUGGAACAAAGUCUGGAUCAAGCAAGGCGACAUCAUACUGAUUGGCGUCAGGGACUUCCAGGAUUCUAGAGCAGAUGUAAUUAUGAAGUACAGCCACGAGGAGGCAAUGAAGCUGAAGGCCUAUGGAGAGUUGCCAGAGACAGCCAAGCUCAGCGACAGUACCACGUUCGGACCAGAUGCUAAACAUUUCGUUGUUUUCGACGACAUAUCAGAACCUGAAGAUGAUGACAGUGAUGCAACGACGUGA